AUGGAGAUAGAGAAGUCAAAAAGUAUCGGAAAGCGAAGUAGAAGCCAUAGUUGGAGCUUCGAAGAAGUGUUUGUUACUGCAAAUCAUAGUAGAAGCAACAGUCAUGCUGAACAAGACGAAGAAGCUCUGAAAUGGGCAGCUUUAGAGAAACUACCCACGUUUGAUCGUUUACGAACCACUAUUAUGGAAUCUUAUUUUCUAGAUGACAGUGAAAACCAACAAACUGAAGGCGAAGAGAAGGCACGACACAAACAGGUUGAUCUCAGAAGCUUUGGCAUGAAAGAGAACCAAUGCUUCAUCAACAAACUGUUUAAUGUUGCUGAGGAAGAUAAUGGCAAGUUCUUGAAAAAGAUCAGAGACCGAUAUGAUAAGGCUAAAGUUACUCUUCCAUCAGUAGAAGUGAGAUAUGAGCAUUUGAACAUAGAAGCGGAUUGCUUCAUUGGUGAUAGGGCUCUACCAACCUUGGCAAAUACAGUCCGCAACAUAGCUGAAUCAGCUUUGACCUUGUUUGGCAUUAGACUGUCUGAAAGCACACAACUCACAAUUCUUCAUGAUGCCUCUGGAAUCAUUAAGCCUUCAAGGAUGACCCUUCUAUUAGGCCCACCAUCUUCCGGAAAGACUACACUUCUACAAGCUUUGGCUGGAAAGUUAGAUUCCAGCUUAAAGGUUGAAGGUAAAGUAACAUACAAUGGACAUUCGCUCAACGAAUUUGUGCCACAGAGGACAUCUGCGUAUGUUAGUCAGGAUGAUGUUCACAUAGCAGAAAUGACGGUUAAAGAAACACUCGACUUUUCUGUAAGGUGCCAAGGAAUAGGAUCUCGCUAUGAAUUGCUUACUGAGCUUGCAAGAAGAGAGAAGGCGGCUGGUAUAUUUCCAGAACCUGAAGUUGACCUCUUUAUGAAGUCUACUGCAAUGGAAGGAGCAGACAACAAUCUAAUUACCGACUACAUUCUUAAGAUACUGGGACUGGAUGUCUGCCGAGACACCAUUGUUGGGAAUGAAAUGAUUAGAGGAAUAUCAGGAGGACAGAAAAAGCGUGUGACGACAGGAGAGAUGAUGGUUGGACCUACAAAAACACUCUUCAUGGAUGACAUAUCAACUGGCCUAGACAGUUCAACAACAUUUCAAAUAGUGAAGUGCUUACAACAGAUUGCACACCUGACAAAUACCACAAUCUUGAUGUCCCUCCUCCAGCCUUCGCCUGAGACCUUUGAUCUCUUUGACGACGUUAUCCUUUUAUCACAAGGCCAGAUUGUCUAUCAGGGCCCAAAAAAGCAUGUUCUUGAAUUUUUUGAGACAUGUGGAUUCAGAUGUCCAGAUAGAAAGGGGCAUGCCGACUUUCUGCAAGAGGUCACCUCAAGGAAGGAUCAGGAACAAUAUUGGGAAGACAAAAGCAAAGCAUACAAAUAUAUUUCAGUAUCUCAGUUUGCGGAGUCAUUCAAAAAAUUUCAUGUGGGCCUAUGGCUACAAGACAAGCUAUCAGUAGCAUAUGACAAGUCCAAGAGUCAUAAAUCUGCGCUAGUCUUCAGAAAGUAUUUGGUCCCAAAGAUGGAGCUUCUCAAGGCCUCUUUUCAGAAGGAAUGUUUAUUAAUAAAGAGAAAUUCUGUUGUCCAUAUUGCCAAGCUUGUGCAAACCACCAUUGUAGCAAUUAUUGGAGCAACGGUAUUCUUGAGGACUAACAUGCACACCAACAAUGAAGAAGAUGGAGCAAUGUAUGUGGGUGCUCUUUUGUUUGGCUUGAUCACUAACACCUUCAAUGCUUUCGCUGAACUACCAAUGAUCAUAGAGAGACUUCCUGUAAUAUACAAGCAGAGGGACCUCCUCUUUCACCCACCUUGGGCAUUCACCAUUCCAACUUUCCUGCUUGGUGUGCCGACAUCCAUGGUAGAUUCUACUGUCUGGACGGUUGUGACAUACAGCAUCAUCGGAUUUGCCCCUGAAGCAAGCAGGUUCUUCAAGCAUUUCCUCUUGACAUUUCUGAUCCAACAAAUGGCUGGGGGACUAUUCAGGUUCAUUGCUUCAGUCUGCAGGACCAUGACAAUUGCCAAUACUGGUGGAGUUCUUGUUGUGGAACUAGCUUUCCUUGUGGGUGGUUUCCUCCUCCCUAAAGGUCAAAUUCCAAGCUGGUGGGGAUGGGCUUAUUGGGUUUCGCCUUUCAGCUAUGGUUUUAAUGCCAUAACUGUUAAUGAGAUGUCUGCUCCAAGAUGGAUGAACAAAUUGGCUUCCGACAAUGUUACUGAACUUGGAGUAGCAGUGUUGAGGACCUUCGACAUCACUCCUGAUAGGAACAAGUUUUGGAUUGGAGCUGCUGCUCUUCUUGGUUUUGCACUUCUUUUUAACUUCUUGUUAACUUUGGCUCUAACAUACUUAAACCCACUCAGAAAGGCACAAGCAAUUAUAUCUAAAGAGAUUGUCAAGGAGAAGGAAGACUUCCGAGAUGCAGAAGUCCGAAAAUUGAGCACCCUACCCAAAGCAAACAAACAGGAUAUACAAGAAUAUUCAACUCUUCAAGUCACCAAUCCCAUUGCUUCAAAGAGAGGGAUGGUUCUUCCAUUUACUCCACUUUGCAUGUCUUUCGACAGCAUCAGUUACUACAUCGAUAUGCCCCCAGAAAUGAUAGAACAAGGGAUCACAAAGGACAAACUUCAAUUGCUUCGAGAGAUAACCGGUGCAUUUAGGCCUGGAGUUCUGACAGCAUUGAUGGGAGUAAGUGGAGCUGGCAAAACAACAUUGAUGGAUGUUUUAGCAGGAAGGAAAACUGGUGGUUUGAUUGAAGGAGAUAUUAAAAUAUCUGGAUUCCCCAAGAAACAAGAAACUUUUGCAAGGGUUUCAGGAUACUGUGAGCAGAGUGAUAUCCACUCACCACAAGUCACUGUCCAUGAAUCUCUGGUUUUCUCAGCUUUCCUGCGACUCCCUGAAGAAGUGAGCAAAGAAGUAAAAAUGCUUUUCGUGACUCAAGUUAUGGAUUUAGUGGAAUUAGAUAACCUUAAAGACUCUAUUGUAGGGGUUCCAGGGGUUAGUGGUUUGUCAACUCAACAGAGAAAGAGACUGACAAUUGCAGUAGAGCUUGUUGCUAAUCCUUCAAUCAUAUUUAUGGAUGAACCAACAUCAGGGCUUGAUGCAAGAGCAGCAGCAAUUGUUAUGAGGACUGUGAGGAACACAGUGGACACAGGAAGAACUGUUGUGUGCACAAUUCACCAGCCUAGCAUUGAUAUUUUUGAAGCCUUUGAUGAGCUGCUGCUACUGAAAAGAGGAGGACAAGUAAUAUACUUUGGACCCUUGGGCCAAAACUCAGAAAAAAUGAUCAACUACUUUGAGGAAAUUCCUGGGGUCUCAAAACUCAAAGCCCAGUACAAUCCAGCAACAUGGAUGCUGGAAGUGAGUUCAGAUUCUGCAGAAUCCCGGCUUGGAAUCGAUUUCUCUGAACACUACAGAUCAUCACCCUUGUAUAAAAGAAAUACAGCUCUAGUGGAAGAACUAAGCACACCUCCUUCUGGGGAUAAAGAACUGCAUUUCAACACAAUGUAUUCCCAGUCCAUGUGGGGCCAAUUCAAGUCUUGCAUACAAAAACAAUGGUGGAGUUAUUGGAGAACCCCUGAUUAUAAUCUUGUUAGAUUUUUCUUUGCAUUGGUUACUGCUCUCUUGCUGGGGACAAUUUUUUGGAAAGUUGGCACUAAAAGGGAUAGCAGUACUGAUUUGACUACCAUAAUUGGUGCAAUGUAUGUUUCUGUGAUGUUUGCUGGAUUUAACAAUUGCGUAACAAUACUACCAGUGGCAUCCCUUGAAAGAACAGUAUUUUAUCGAGAAAGGGCUGCUGGGAUGUACUCUUCAUUACCAUAUGCCAUGGCACAGAUAAUUGUGGAACUACCUUUUGUGCUUGUUCAAACCAUGUACUAUACUCUUAUACUAUAUGCCAUGCUAAGCUUCGAAUGGACGGUGGCCAAAUUCUUCUGGUUCUUCUUCAUCAGCUUCUUUACCUUUUUAUACUUCACAUGCUAUGGGCUGAUGAUAGUGUCCAUCACCCCAAACCACCAAGCGGCGUCUAUCUUUGCCGCUGCGAUCAAUGUGCUCUUCAAUCUUUUCUCUGGAUUCUUCAUCCCAAGACCGAGAAUCCCCAAGUGGUGGAUGUGGUACUAUUGGAUAUGCCCACUGCAAUGGACUAUUCAGGGACUGAUCAUUUCACAGUAUGGUGACUUGGAUGAAACCAUUAAGGUACCUGGGAUGUCCUAUGACCCAACAAUAAAAUGGUAUGUCCAAAGCUAUUUCGGAUAUAAUGCCGAUGCUUUGGGAUCAGUUGCUACCAUUUUAGUUGUUUUCACUGUCUUGUUCGCGUCAAUAUAUGCGUAUUGCUUACAUAAAUUGAACUUUCAAAUCAGAUAG